UCAGACACCCGAGCGGGAGCGUCGCCAUAGGCUCCUCCCCAGCCCCAACCCUGCUGCCCAGCGGCAGAACGAGCAGCGGCCCGGGCCUCGCGCUGUUGCAAGCCGGCUCCUUGUGCGUUCGCCGCCCCCCUUCCCCGGAGCGCCAGGCUCCCAUCGCCUUCCUCUUCCCCUCCCGGCCCCCCGGCUUCCGCGCGCCGCCGGCCACCAACCCGCUCGCCACCAUGUCCGUAGAACUGGAAGAGGCGCUGCCCCUGACCCCGGCCGAGGAGGCCCCCGGCACCCCCGAGAAAAAGCCGGCCGGUAAGAAGGCCAAGGCGGGCUCCUCGUCGCUGUCGCCCUCCAAGAAGAAGAAGAACAACAAGAAGAAGAACCAGCCGGGCAAGUACAGCCAGCUGGUGGUGGAGACGAUCCGUAAGCUGGGCGAGCGCAACGGCUCUUCGCUGGCCAAGAUCUACAACGAGGCCAAGAAGGUGCCUUGGUUCGACCAGCAGAACGGGCGCACCUACCUCAAGUACUCCAUCAAGGCCCUGGUGCAGAACGACACGCUGCUGCAGGUGAAGGGGACGGGCGCCAACGGCUCCUUCAAGCUCAACAAGAAGAAGCUCGAGGGUGGCGGCGACAAGAAGGCCUCUGGCUCGGCCGCCUCGCACCACAAGGCCAAGAAGGCGGUGCCCUCGACGUCUACCGCGUCCACCUCGGCGCGGCGAAGCGACAAGAAGCCGGCCAAGGCCAAGAAGCCCGAGAAGCGCUCCCACAAGAAGGGCGCGGGCGGCGGCGGGAGUAGCGGCAAGAAGGACAAAGGCAAGGCCAAGAAAUCGGCCAAGAAGGCGUCUUCGUCCGGGGGCAAGAAGGUGAAGAAGUCGGCCAAGCCCAGCGUGCCCAAGGUGCCCAAGGGCAGGAAGUGAGCGCGCCGCGGCCCGGGUGGGGAGGGAGGGGGCGGACGAGACGCUCCGGGGCGCUGGGGCUGCUCGGCCGGGGGUGGAGGCGGGGUGCGCGCCCCGCUCUUCCCCGCCCCCCACUCUGCAAACUCCCCCUUCCGCCCUUCCCCCCGCCCACCCUGCGGUACCCAAGCUGUGACAGCCGCCACCCACCGAGUGCCCUCCCUCCGCCACGAACUGAGCGAGUCGACUGGGACCGAAAUCGGGUGGAGAGGCAGGACUCGCCGCCCCGACGCCAAAAUGGUUAUUUUUAUAGCGAUUUGCUCGGGGGUGGGGGAGGGGAUCCCGGUUCCUUUUUUUUUUUAAGCCCUUUGUGUAGGUUUUGUACUGUUUGUUUACAGGGCUGCCCUACCUCCGACUCCAGGACUGUUCCGGGCCUGAACCACGGGGGUCCCGGGGGCCGGGGGGGAAUGGGGCGCGGGGAUAUGUCGGGAUGCCUUCCCGAACUACCCUCCCACAGCUUGGCCUUCUCCGAUCCCCGCCCCCGGCUGCUGUAGCGAUUUUUUUUGUUGUUGUUUGCUUUAGAAUUUUGAAACAGCCCCGGCGACGCCCUUAUUGGCUCUCGCCAUUGGCAACGGGACGGUCGCCAUGGCGACGGGUCCUUGGGCUCCAAUUGCUGGAGCCCGCGUGCGCGGGGGGAGGGGCGGGCGAGGCCGCUGGUUGGCUGCGUGUGUCCUGGCGCUCGAGAAGGGGGCGGGAGGGAAGCCGCCCCACCCUCCUCCCCCGGGCCCGGCUCGGGCGGGCUCGUGCCCCUCCCCUCCGUGGGGGUGGGGGGGGCUGGGGUGCUGGGGACCAGGGUUCCCCUACGCUGUGUGGGGAGCCCGGCGGGAACUUAAUGCCUUUUGUGCGCAGUGUACAAUCGCUCGGGGCCGCGGCCUUUCCGGCACGCAGUGGAUCGGGGCCCUCGGCGCUUUCACUUGUCCUCUUUGGCCUUUUUACUAUUUUUUUUUUUUGGCUCAAUAAAUUGUUUAAACCUUU